CGGGGGCGGGGCCUGGCUAUAAGCUUCGGGUCCGCCGCUGCGCUCCCUUCGGAAGGCGUGUGCCGCGCGGACUCCUGCAUUGCGGUCCGAGGAGGCGCUUUAGAGUACUCCCUUGUAGCAGCUGAGAAUGAUGGAUCAAGCCAGAUCAGCAUUCUCUAACUUGUUUGGUGGGGAACCAUUGUCAUACACCCGGUUUAGCCUUGCUCGGCAAGUAGAUGGAGAUAACAGUCAUGUGGAGAUGAAACUGGCUGCAGAUGAGGAAGAAAAUGUUGACAAUAACAUGAAGCCUAGUGUCAGAAAACCCAAAAGGUUUAAUGGAAGAGUCUGCUUUGCGACUAUUGCAGUGGUCAUCUUUUUCUUGAUUGGAUUUAUGAUCGGCUACCUGAGCUAUUGUAAGCGUGUAGAACAAAAAGACGAGUGUGUAAAACUGGCUGAAACGGAGGAGACAGACCAGUCAGAAAACAUCGAAACAGAAGAUGUUCCUAAAUCUUCUCGCUUAUAUUGGGCAGACCUCAAAACACUGUUGUCAGAGAAACUGAAGUCCUUAGAGUUCACUGACACCAUCAAGCAGCUGAGCCAGAAUACAUACAUUCCUCGUGAGGCUGGAUCUCAAAAAGAUGAAAAUCUUGCCUAUUAUAUUGAAGAUCAGUUCCAUGAAUUUAAAUUAAGCAAAGUCUGGCGAGAUGAACAUUAUGUGAAGAUUCAAGUGAAAAGCAGUGCUGCUCAAAACAUGGUGAUCAUAGUGCGUUCAGAUGGUAGCGAUGACCUAGUGGAGUCUCCUGAAGGUUAUGUGGCAUUUAGUAAAGCUGCAGAAGUUACUGGUAAACUGGUCCAUGCUAAUUUUGGCACUAAAAAGGACUUUGAAGAAUUAAAUUCUGUGAAUGGAUCUUUAGUGAUUGUUAGAGCAGGGGAAAUUACUAUUGCAGAAAAGGUUGCAAAUGCCCAAAGCUUUAAUGCAAUUGGUGUCCUCAUAUACAUGGACGUGAAUAAAUUCCCUGUUGUUGAGGCAGACCUUUCACUCUUUGGACAUGCUCAUCUAGGAACUGGUGAUCCAUACACACCCGGCUUUCCUUCUUUCAACCAUACUCAGUUCCCACCAUCCCAGUCCUCGGGAUUGCCUGAUAUACCCGUGCAAACAAUCUCAAGAGCUGCUGCGGAAAAGCUAUUUAAAAACAUGGAAGGAAACUGUCCUUCUAGGUGGAAUAUAGAUUCAUCGUGUAAGCUGGAACUUCCCCAGAAUCUCAAUGUGAAGCUCACUGUGAAAAACAUACUAAAAGAAACAAGAAUACUUAACAUCUUUGGAGUUAUUAAAGGUUAUGAGGAACCAGACCGUUACGUUGUAGUAGGAGCCCAGAGAGACGCUUGGGGCCCUGGUGUUGCGAAGUCCAGUGUGGGAACAGGUCUUCUGUUGAAACUUACCCAAGUAUUCUCAGAUAUGAUUUCAAAAGAUGGAUUUAGACCCAGUAGAAGUAUUAUCUUUGCCAGCUGGACUGCAGGAGACUUUGGAGCUGUUGGUGCCACUGAGUGGCUGGAGGGGUACCUUUCAUCUCUGCAUUUAAAAGCUUUCACUUACAUUAAUCUGGAUAAAGUUGUCCUUGGUACUCGCAACUUCAAAGUUUCUGCCAGCCCCUUAUUAUACACACUUAUGGGGAAGAUAAUGCAGGAUGUAAAGCAUCCAAUUGAUGGAAAAGCUCUCUAUCGAGACAGCAAUUGGAUUAACAAAGUUGAGAAACUUUCCUUUGACAAUGCUGCAUUCCCUUUCCUUGCAUAUUCUGGAAUCCCAGCAGUUUCUUUCUGUUUUUGUGAGGAUGAGGACUAUCCUUAUUUGGGCACUAAAUUGGAUACCUAUGAGAAAUUGAUCCAGAAAGUUCCUCAGCUCAACCAAAUGGUUCGCACAGCAGCAGAAGUGGCUGGUCAGUUCAUUAUUAAACUUACGCAUGACAUUGAAUUGAACCUGGACUAUGAGAUGUAUAACAGCAAACUACUGUCAUUUGUGAAGGAUCUGAACCAGUUCAGGGCAGAUAUCAGGGAUAUGGGUCUGAGUCUACAGUGGCUGUAUUCUGCUCGUGGAGACUACUUCCGUGCUACUUCUAGACUAACAACUGAUUUUCAUAAUGCUGAGAAAACAAACAGAUUUGUCAUGAGGGAAAUCAAUGAUCGUAUUAUGAAAGUGGAGUAUCACUUCCUGUCACCCUAUGUAUCUCCAAGAGAGUCUCCUUUCCGACACAUCUUCUGGGGCUCUGGCUCUCACACUCUCUCAGCUUUAGUGGAGAACUUGAAGCUUCGUCAAAAAAAUAUUACUGCUUUUAAUGAGCCACUCUUCAGAAACCAGUUGGCCCUGGCUACUUGGACUAUUCAGGGAGUUGCCAAUGCCCUCUCUGGUGACAUUUGGAAUAUUGACAAUGAGUUUUAAAUGUAACAUACAAAAUUCAAUAAGAGCAGGGUAGUCUGUUUCUAGACUUGUGCGGGUUGUGCUAAAUUUUCAUUAGAGCUCCAAAAUCUAAUGUUAAAAUUCUACCCAAUCAUCUAAUGUCUUUAGGCAGCAGCUUUUAGUGCAGGGUUGGACCUACACUUCAAGUACAGUAGAUAACACUUUCCUUGUUUGUGAUACCUUCUCAGAUUACCUUUAGAAUUUUGAGUCCUUUGUAAUAACUUUCUCUUUGCUUCAUGGUCAUGAAAAUGUCAGAACCAGAACAUUGCUUUAAGUCCUGAGGGCAUUAACUAGUGUCUUAUGAGUUGGGAGUGAGGUCAAGGUGGUAGUUGGAUGUGAUUUCCCAUCUUCAUCUGAUCCUCACUAGGAUUCUCCACUCUGCUGUAUGCCCUUAAGGAUUUAGCUGGUUUCCAUUUCCCUAAACUAGACAGUUAAUUUCAGAAGAGAUGGAACUUGUUUUCUGCUGGAUAAAAGGGGUUGUCUGUUUACAGGAAUAAGGCCUUACUGGCUAACCUUGGUGUUAUUUAUGAUGAGACCAGAAGCCAAAGACUUCAAGUUUUCUCUCCUCUGGCAUCCACCCUGUAGUCUUUAGUUCUGUUUUGUUUUUUUGUUCCAACAUUUUCUGAAAAGAACAAAUUUUAGACUCAGUUUGUCAGACUUGAAAAGAACACACCGCCAAGUUUUGGCCAAAGUGUUAGUCGUCAGGAAAGCUUUCUAUCAUUUUGGCACUGAGAUAUUUAUUGUUUAUUUAUCAGUGACAGAGUUCACUAUAAAUAGUGUUUUUUUUUUUAAUAGAAGAUAAUUAUCGGAAGCAGUGCCUUCCAUAAUUAUGACAGUUAUACUGUCGUUUUCUUUUAAUAAAAGCAGCAUCUGCUAAUGAGACCCACAGAUACUGGAAGUUUUGCACUUAUGGUCAGCACUUGCGGACUUUAGGAAGGAGAAAAGCCACAAGCCAGACAAUAUAAGGUGAGCUAGAAGAGGAUUGAGUUAAACAAGAGAUUCCUAAGUGAAUUGGAAAAAAAAACAGAUAGUUCUCCUAAGUGCAGUGAAUUGUGGCCAAGUUAAAUGUCAUUUAAAGGUAUGGUAGUACUUACAUCUACAAAAUUUUACAGCUCAAUUUAUUCAAGAUGUAACUCAUUCAAUUUUGCAAAAUUUCCAGUACCUUUCUCACAAACUUAACUCACAUUAUCGGGAGCAGUGUCUUCCAUAAUGUAUAAAGAACAAGGUAGUUUUUGCCUACCACAGUGUCUAUAUCGGAGACAGUGAUCUCCAUGUUACACUAAGGGUGUAUGUAAUUAUCGGGAACAGUGUUUCCCAUAAUUUUCUUCAUGCGAUGACAUCUUCAAAGCUUGAAGAUCGUUAGUAUCUAACAUGAAUUCCCAACUUCCUAUAGCUCCUUAGUUUUAGUUGCAAAAACAUGUGUGGUCAUUGGGCAUUUGGUGGGUAAAUUCAACUGCUGUAAAAUCAUUACUUCCAAGAUCCUUUUUUUAAAUGUAGGUAUUUUGUUAUCUCUGGUUUAUAGAAUACAAUUUAACUGUCUCCCUUGAUUUGCAUGUUAUUUCCUAAAUGUAGUUCUUAGAAGUUUGAAUUCAUCUUUGGUUUUCGGGAGGGUAGAGAACAGGUGUUGGGAAAACGAAGCUUGUGAAGGGUCUUUAUGUACUGCCCUUCACUAUGGUGGCUAUACAUUAUGUAGACGGUGAGCAAUGUCACGUUAACAGAUUACUUAAUUGUGCAUCUAGUCAGUUUUGCAUGGGACAGUUCAAAGCUGCCACCUGAGAUGUCACUGGGCUCUCAGGGUUCUUGGCACCACUCACCUAAGUUAGAGCCACCAGAUUAUUUUCAGCCUCACUGAAUUGUUUUGCUACCCAGUCCCUUCAGUCUUCACAGUGUUUCCUGUACCGAUAUGAGUAUCACCGUGCAUAAUAGGAUUUCAAGUCUUUGCCAUAAAAGUCUCUAAAAUAACCUUUGCUGUAAGGGUUGUUUCCAAUCAAAGCAGUAAGUUGGUAAGGUUUAGUCUUGGGUGAAAUGUGUAUCUGAGUAAUAACCUCUGUUACUCAUCACGUUAUUACUGGGUAAAAUGCAGAUUUUGAAGAUAAGAAUAGAGCAUGCUUUUGUCAUGAUUCACUGCUAGAAUUUGCAUGACCUUUACUGUGUUACCUUUUGAGUGUCUUUUGGUUUGGACUUGCCAACCUACAUUCAGCUGUCUUUGCUGACGUGCCCUUUUAAAUGUAUAAAGCCGGUAUAUAACAAUGUGAAGAUUCCUUACCUGACUUAAUAAAAUACUUGGAUAUACUGA